AUGCACAACUCUGACGUGGCGGCUCAGGGCGUUCAGUGGGUUGCCGGUUUGAGUCCUCGUUCCCUCAAACCAGAUUUUGCUUCAGAGCAGAGAGCUCUGCUGGGUUUUUGGGUGGGACCUGUCUGCGGUUCUGUUGGGUCAGGUCGCUCCAGGUGGGCUUGGUGCAAACCCGCCGUUUGGGUCUCAGAUCUUCUGAGCAUUGGGUUCCCUCAGGGGGACGUUCUCGGCUCUGGCUCACCGGUCGUCAGGUUUCCCUGCAGUCUGGAUGCAGAUCCAGGAUUCAGCACCUCAGCAGGAUCGGACAGACAGAUGGAUGGGCGGACGGACGGACGGACGGGCGGGCGGGCGGACGCAGAGUUGGACCAAACUGCCUUCCAGGUCUUUACUGGUUUCCCUGUUUCGUGCCAACAGAAAAUGUUUGCAGAUGAAACCAGCGCCAUGGUGAAGAACGUGGGAGCGGAGGAGAAGCUGAUCUCCAACUCCAACCUGAACCAGAAGGUGGAGCUGCUGACUCUGGUCCGGGUCAGCCAGGGCAGGUUCUUCAGUUACCCCAAGUACACGCCGGUGGACUGCACCUUGCCAGAGCUGCUGGAGGACGACAACUUCUCUCCAGAGGUUGAAGAAGAACUGCUGGUGAAGGACUUCAAGACGUCGGUGAAGAGCAGCGAGAGCGGAGAGCUGGGCGCAGGAGAGGAAACGGUUGGCGAAGCGGCGAUCUCUGCAAAGUCUGACUCUGUGGACGGCCUGGUGGAGCCGGUCAGCAUCAAGAAGAAGAAAGCCAACCUGAAAGGCGUGAGGAAGACCUUCAGCGGCAAGAAGCUUGAAAAAGGAAAGAUGAAGCUGCUGAAGAUGAAGGAAAAGGACAAGCUGGCCUUUGUUCAUGAGACGCUGUACAACACCGGACCUGUGAGGAUGACCCGGACGUCUACUCAGGACGGGUCCAUUUCAGCCAAAUACCAGAAGUUCCUGAAGCUGCUGGUCAAGGGCAGCAGGACGGAGGAGACGGCCUUCACCGUCCCAGAGAAAUCCACCUUUGCGUUUGGACUCCAGGAAAUCUUGUGGGACAACGAGACGAUCGAAAUCCCAUUUGAAUCCUGGACUCGCAGGCAGAACCUGAGCCUGUUCACAUAUGACAGCGUUGAUCCAGAUCAGCUGCAGGAGGUCAGAGAAGGGAUCCAGAACAAGGCGUUCCUCCUGAAGCCGCUCACUGGUCUCCCUCAGGCGACCCGGCGGAACCUGCUGAAGAAGCUGCAGGAGGUUCUGGAGGAGGACGGCGCUCUCAGCCAGCUGGAGGAAACGCUGGACCAGAGCAACAAAGGACAGCCAGAGCGUCCCCCGUCCAAGGUCGUUUCGUCCUUCAUGGACGUCUUGGAUGAGUCCAAAGUGUCCUCCAAGGAGAGGGACGCUGUCCAUCUUGUGGUCUGCGCCAUGGACGGUCUGCCAGAGCUCGAGGUGCGACCUUUGACCUCCUGUGCUCCUGAAACUCUGACAGUCCUCGUCCAGCUGGUGGACAGCCUGAAGGACGGAGGUGAGCCCAGUCUCCCAGCGUGUCCCCCUGUCCCCCUGCAGCAGGACGGGGAGCUGCGCUGGGCGGCGGAUGUCCUCUGUGGGUCCAAUGAGACGCUGGCGGAGCUGAGUGCGGCGUGGGACCGGUUCCCCAAGGUUCUGCUGGAGGUUCUGGCUCUGGCCGUGUUGGGAGUCCACAGGCUGCAGGAGGGAAACGGUCCGGAUGAUUAAUCUGCCUCAGAAAAUCAUUUAAUCUAAAUUUACAUGAUUGAAACUUUUGCUGAUUCUUUUCCUACAUUAACAUUAAUUUCAAAUGCAGUUUUAUUUUUUAGGGGAAAAUCUUUGAUGUUUUCUACCUGCUGAGGUUUAUUCAGGUCAUUUAGUCAUGAAAUAUAAUUUUAUUUUAAUAACUUGGUAUGGAUUUCCCCUUUGGACAUUUGAAUAAAAUCAAUCUUUGUGAUGAACGUAUUGAUUUGGGUCAUUAUGGGUUAAACUGAUUUGAACUUUUUCUGCUCUGUAUUGAAUUUCUGUAAUCAAUCAUUGAUGCUAUUAAAUAUUUAAAUGAG